GUCAGGUUCGUCUCCGAGUUUCUAUGUCUUCCUUACGUCUCUCUCUCUGAAUUAUUUAGCUUCUUUCGCUUUCCUUCCCCACGUUAUUUUUUUUAGUGUUUCAUUCUCGUUUCUUGAUUCCUCCAUCUAUUCGCUGAAAACAACCUGGAAAAAUAUUAAAGAGAUGAUCAGUGAUCGGUCGGAGUUCAGAGUUCAGAUUCGGAGAUUAUUCGUCAUUAAGAUCAGAAUGUCCUACAGAUGGAUUUGCAAUCAUCCCUUUCUUCUUGGGUUCAUUGGGUUUUUGUAUUUUCUGCAUAGAUAUUGUCCUCUUUUAUUUGCUCCUUUGGUGACUGCAUCUCCUGUUUUGGUGUGUACUUUCGUUUUGCUUGGCACGAUUUUGAGUUUUGGAGAGCCAAACAUUCCUGAAAUCGAAAAGGAACCGGAGAUUGUCCACGAGGCUGCUCCUUUUAGAACUGAGGUUUCAAGGGAUGCUAAUGUUACUGUUGUUGAGAGAGGAGAUCAGAGUUUUACGGUGGAGAGUUUCGUGGGGGUGGAGAAAGAUGUGCUUGAGGAUGGGAAUGAUGAUGUUGAUAGAUUAGUGGAAAACCUACUCAGUGAAGUUGAGGACAAUGGUCGGCCUUUUGAUUAUAGGCCUUUAGUUGAUGAGACUCUUGAUGAGAUUAAACGGGAUCCUCAGGUAAGGUUUGAGGAGAAAGCAUUUAUUUUGGAUGUGGACAAGAUGGGAGAAAGAGUAGAGGAGAAACUGAUUGAAAAUGAUGGGGCACAAGCUUUUGGUGGAGAGCAAUCGAGGAAAAACGGAACUCUAUAUGAAAGGAUUGACGAUUCCAAAGAUGAUCAGAUGGAUGUAUCUCCAGUUUCACCUUGGAGACCAAUGAGGCAUGAAGAGGAUGAGGAUGAUGAUGCGGACCGUGAUGACUCGCUGGAUUCUGGGUCUGAUGGUGCAGAAAGUUCUUCGCCUGAUGCUUCUAUGACAGACAUCAUCCCGAUGCUUGACGAGCUUCACCCGCUUUUACACUCAGAAGCUCCUAGUCGUGGUAUUGCAGAUGGUGAAGGAUCAGAUGCAGCUUCAGAGGGGCCACAUAGGAGUAGUAGUGAUGAAGGUAGGAGUAGUAGUGAUGAAGGAAUGGAGUCUGAUGUUGACAGUGAAAGUCAUGGAGAAGAAGGCGACAACGAGAAUGAAGAUGAGGAAGAAGAUGAAGAAGAGGAAGAGGAAGAGGAACAGGAACAUGAAAAGAAAGAAGAUAAGGACGACGAAAGUAAAUCAGCAAUCAAAUGGACAGAGGCUGACCAAAGAAAUGUUAUGGAUCUAGGAAGUCUUGAACUUGAAAGAAACCAACGGUUGGAGAAUCUUAUUGCCAGGAGAAGGGCUCGCCACAAUAUGAGACUGAUGGCAGAGAGAAAUCUUAUUGAUUUUGACAGUGCUGAUAUUCCCUUUAAUAUGCCGCCAAUCUCAACUGCAAGGCAGAAUCCAUUUGAUGCUCCAUAUGAUUCCUAUGAUGAUAUGGGAUUACCACCUAUCCCUGGCUCUGCCCCGUCCAUUAUGUUUGCGAGGAGAAACCCAUUUGAUCUUCCAUAUGAGCCAAAUGAAGAAAAGCCAGACCUCAAGGCUGACGGUUUCCAAGAAGAGUUCUCUUCUCAACAACCAAAGGAUCAAGUGUUCAGAAGACAUGAAAGUUUCAGUGUAGGCCCAUCAAUGCUUGGAGGUCCUAGGCAUGAUAGGCUACGACCUUUCUUUGUGCUAGAAAGAUUAGCAAAUGAGGGAACGAGCUAUUAUCCAUUUGAAAGGCAGCUCAGUGAAGUCAGUGAAUCAAAAGUCAGUUCUGUUCCUGAUACUGAAUCUGUGUGCACAGUCCUAGAGGAUGACGAAAAGAAGGUGGAUGAACAUGAUGCUGAUCGAGAAACCGAAAUUGCUAAAGUUGAUAUGGCUUCUGACCAUGAUGAAGAAAAAAGCCAUUCGGCUUCUGACCAUGAUGAAGAAAAAAGCCAUUCAGCUUCUGACCAUGAUGAAGAAAAAAGCCAUUCGUCUGAGGAUUCCGAUUUCGAUGAACAAGCUGAUAGCAGAAAGCUUCAUAAUGAUGUGGCUGAGAUAGUACUGGGAAGUGGAGAAGAAACACACCAUGAGCAAUCGAACAUGAUGGAAGGAGAAACUUCUGAUAAAGGAAAACUUGAUGAAGAGUAUUUUAGUGAUAGUGAUUCAUCUUUAUCAGAGAAAGAAGAAAAUAUGCGGGAUAUCAGUGAAGAUGAAGCAAUGUUGAUUUCGGAACGGGUAGUUGAUCUUCAUGAAGAAUCAGGUGCGUCUUCCCAGCCUUCUUUUGAAGAAUUAGAGAUCAAUGGGGCUAGGGUGGUGGAGAAUGGUUACCACCAUGAUGAAGCUCGUGCUGAAGAAUCUUUCAUUACUGCGCAUCCCUCACUUGAUGAGUCAACAAUUCAUGCUCUUUGUGGUUUGGGAGAUGGCCACCACGAGGAACCUGUUUACGAUUCGAGUCCUCCCUCAGGCAGCAGAUUCCCAUCAUUUUCUUCUGUGUCGUCUGAUUACAGACCAGAUCUACCUGAAAAGAAUGGGGAAGAAGUAGAAGAAAAUGAAGAGAAAGAACAUGAAGUUUAUUCUAAAAGCAUAGGUCCUGAGGAAAUUCAUUCCACUUCUAAUGAGACUGAAACAAGGACAAAGGAAGUAGGUGAAACUAGCACGCAUGUAACAAGAGAGGCAAGCCUUGUCAUUGCAGAGGUUGGAAUUGAUGAUCAAAAUAACUCAAUUGUUUCAGGGUCUGAAUUUGAAGAUGCCUUACUUGGUCCGGCUUCUAUGCCUUUGGGUAAGAGUGAGAAUGCUGAUGACCAGGAGGAUGACCGUUUAUCUGUUUCUAGUUCAGAGGAACUGGAAGAACUGCAUGAAGCCGUGAGAGAGGUUGUAGAUACCAGAACGCUAGAUGUUAGUGCAUCUUUGGUGGGCUUGGUUUCUCAUACAGAAGAGGAAGUAGUAUCUACAGGGAUGGUUGAACAACAUCUCCCAAUUGAGCAUACAUAUUUACCUCUGGGAUCUGGUGAUACGAGGGAGCAUGUAACAACACUGGAAGAAUCACCUGAUGUGGUACGUGACAUAGCUGAAACUUCAGUAAACAGGUCAGUAGCUGAAGAGAUAAUGCACGAGGAAGAGGAAUCCCGGAAACAAAAAGAUGAAGCCAGUCCUCAAACAUUCAAUGCAGACAUCCCAAUAGAUAAUUAUGCCACUUUGUCUUCUGGAGCAGUUGAGUAUGUUGAGACGCAUUCUUUUAAUGAUGAAGAUGUUCCGCAGUUGGAACAAGAACCAGCUCACUCAUCAGUUCUUGAUGCGGAGGAAGAAAUUAACCCCGACCAAACAAUGGAUAUCGAAGUAGACUCUGUAAAUGCUGGUUCCCCAAAUGUGGGAUCUGAAGAAACAACUCCAUCUGAAUCAGAUAGAGAACUGACUUGGUCAGAUAAAUCUGUGGUAGAACAAUCAUCUCUUGAACCUGGUGAAGAUCAAGUACCAACUCGUGCAGGUCCUGUCAGUGUCGUCUUUUCCCGCAACAUCACUUUCCACGAGUAUCACGAUGCUCCUGAAGAUACAGCGGAGUUAUCUUGUUUGACAUCUGACACUUCCUCCUCUCCAGCAGAAUCUCCCGAGUACACGACACCUAUGGUUGGUGAAGGCUCAAGGGCGGAAUUCUUCCAAGAGGAUAUUUAUGAGGAGCUUGACGAUGUGGUGCAGCGAUUAGAUCAGCUUACAGACUUGCAUGCAAUAUCUGAAAGUCCUCCUGAAAUUAUCACUGACGAGGCAGACGAGAUAAAAGAGAUUGAUGAAGGAUUGUUGUCUGAACUUGACUCCAUUGGAGACUUCAGUGUUAAGGAAGUUGUGACAGACUCUGAACCUGGGCCAUCUUCGAUAGGACCUGACACUGCCGAUGAACUGACCGAAGCUCUGCCUGUUCUUGAAGCGAGAUCGGUUGAAGACAUAGAUUCUGCUUUCCAGCAAAUCCAUGAAGGAUCUGAGGUUGAGGAUGUUAUUCUUCCAACCACCGUUCAAGAUCAGUUGGGUCAAGAAAAUUACGGAAAUUCAACAGAUACUGGGUCAGAUUUAGCAGUUGUGGAAGCUACGUCGAAGGAAGAUCUAGAAAAUGCUAUUAAUCAGGCUGUUGUAGAGAGCAUGGACAAGCAACUAAAAUCACCACAAUCAGAUGGUAGGCCUGGAGAAAUCAAGUGUGUAGUUGGAUCCGAACCAUCAGAGUCUUCAGUUGAAGAAAGAUCUAUUGAUGAAACAAACGUUCCUCUAAACAACACACCCACGAAAGAAGAAGAAGAAGAGGAAAGUAAACCAAAAGAGAUAACAUCCGAUGUUUUACCUGUCGAAACUCGAUCACUGGAAGAAUUCCCCAAACCUUCUGAACCAAAAGAGGGGAUGUCAAUGGAAGUAAUCUCUGAAAGAGUGGUGAUUCCCACAGAAGCAGCUGGUCCUAGUAAUGUAACACUAAGUGAUAAAGUUGUGACCGAGGAAGCGAAAGCUGAGACCACCGCAAGCAACACUGAUGUGAAUGUCCAGAGCAUUACAUCGUCCCUGAGUUGGGCCCAGAAGGUCGUUGAAGUGAAUGCAUUGGCCAAGGCUUUGGCUGGCCCUUUUGUCUCCCAAUGCUGCGACUUGGCUUCAAGGAGGUCUUCCCCAAGAGUCACCAACGAGGGUGUUCAGAAGGCCGCUGCUGCUUUGAAGGGAUCUGACCAUCGCCAUGCAACUAAUGUUAGUGCUAGGCUAGAUGCUCAGCAGAAGAAUCUCAACCUCCAAUCCUGCCAACCACAACCAUCAGAUCCUUCCCACAAACUGGUCUCUGAGGAGGACAACGUUAAGGCCAUCAAGGAAGAGAUCAAGAAAGUUGUUGACCUCCAAGAGGAACUUGGUAUCGAUGUUCUUGUCCAUGGAGAGCCAGAGAGAAACAACAUGGUUGAGUACUUCGGGGAGCUGUUGUCUGGUUUCGCCUUCACUGCAAACGGAUGGGUCCAAUCUUAUGGAUCUCUUUGUGUGAAGCCACCAGUUAUCUACGGUGAUGUGAGCUGUCCCAAGGCAAUGACCGUCUUCUGGUCCGCAAUGGCUCAGAGCAUGACCUCUCGCCCAAUGAAGGGCACGACCAGAUCGCUUUGGCCAUCAAGGACGAAGUCGAGGAUCUUGAGAAAGGUGGAAUUGGUGUCAUUCAGAUUGAUUAGACUGCACUCAGACAAGGACUACCACUCAGGAAAUCCGAGCAUGCUUUCUACUUGGACUGGGCUGUUCACUCCUUCAGAAUCACCAACUGUGGAGUCCAAGACAGCACCCAGAUCUACACUCAGAUGUGCUACUAUGACAUCAUACACUCCAUCAUUGACAUGGAUGCUGAUGUCAUCACCAUUGAGAACUCCAGGUCUGAUGAGAAGCUUCUUUCCGUACGGUUCUGGAAUUGGUUCAGGAGUCUACGAUAUCCACUCUCCAAGAAUACCAUCUUCUGAGGAAAUCGCAGACAGGGUCAACAAGAUGCUUACUGUCCUAGAGCAGAACAUCCUUUAGGUUUAACCCUGACUGUGGUCUCAAGACCCGUAAGUACACCGGGGUCAAGCCUGCGGUCAAGAACAUGGUUAAUGCGGCUAAGCUCAUCUGCUCCCAGCUCGCCAGUGCCAAGUGAAGAAAAGCUUGAUUUUUUUCUUCUAAAAUUGUUGUGUUUUUAUUUGGUUUAAUAACUUUAUUAAAAAUAUUUUUAGUCC